AUGGAUAUAGUUCACUUGUCCGAAGAUACCUGCACAUGUCGUGAGUUCCAACUAAACCAUAUGCCAUGUGUUCAUGCAAUUCGUGCCGCUUGCUUUAGAGGGAAGUCUAUGUACGAGCUUUGCUCCCCUUAUUACACAUCCAAAUAUUGGAGGGGUGCCUACAACGAAGCUAUAUAUCCUGUUCUGAGGGAAGUAGAUUGGGUUGUUCCGAGCUUAAUUAUAUGUACUCCUACUUUGCCACUACUCGUACGUCGUCUUCCAGGUAGACCACCAACCCAAUGUAAGCGUUCUAGGUACAAGUCUGCAUGGUCUAACAGAAAAUGUACUCGCUGUGGUGGAGUUGGUCAUAACCGGACCACAUGUUCAAACCCCCAUGCAUCACAUAUUCCUUAG